AUGUUUAAACUAUUUUGCACUCAAUUAUGUCUGUUAUUAUCUAACAUUCAUAUUGAUGACUUUAACAGUUUUUCUUCCUUGCAGCUGCUUAAAGAUGCUAACAGUGCAGUUCCAAUGACAGCAAAUGAGAAAAAAAGGAUUGAAGUUUUGUUACAAGAUCUUGAUGUAUUUUUCGAUCAUGAUCAAGAUAUUGAGAGUAAUUGUUCUUGGAAUGUCAGUUCCAUGAAUUGCCCACUAGGUGACGGCUUCACUUCCAGCAAUGAGGACAAAGCCCUUCUAAAUCUGAUUGAUAGUAAGCUUAAAUCUUUGAUGUCAGGAGAUGAAUUCAACUCGGUUGCUUCCACCCAAAGAUCAACAAGCACUCAGGGGCCUUAUCCUGCGAGUACUUCUUGUACUUCUUCUUGUGCCCUCCUGAACAUCUUCCUUUAUCUCUCUCCUUUCCCUUGGAGAUCUAGAUCUAUCACGUCUUUCCCUAUAAUCGAACUGUUCCUCUUGCAUACUGUGGUCUUUCUCUUCUAA